CGCGAAUACCACAAUGGUCACUCCAUAUAACUACCUUUCUUGCAGACUUGCAGCAGUCCACUCCAGACACAGCAAUCAAUACAUCAAGAUGAGUUCCCAAGCAGAAAUCGCUCGCGCCCGCAUCCAACAGGCCUACCACGACAUCGGCGAGCCUGUCUUCAACGCCGCCGAAUUUACCCUUAUCAAGGUCUUUAUCGACCACAAAGCCUUCGAUGUCAUCCCGGAUGAGGGCGACAUUGCUGUUUCCGAGCUAGCCGCCCAGAUCGGCGGCUCGGAAGAGGUGGUCGACCGCAUCUGCACCUUCUUCAUCUCCGGCAAGAUUCUGAAAUCGACGGCCCCCGGCCGUGUCGCGCACACGGAAAAAUCCCGUCUCUACAAGUUCGACCAGCCCACCGCCUGGCUCUACAUCCACAUGUUCAACAAUGUCUUCCGCUCCUUCGCCCAGAUGCCCGACUACUUCGCCAAGUACGGUCUCGCCUCGCCUCAGAGCGCCAGUGUCACUCCGCUGGGUCUGGCCCACGGGUACGAUAACCGGCCCGCCUACGACAUCAUCGUGGCCAACAAAGUCGUCCACAAGGGCUUCAACGAAGCUCUGCGCGAGCUCGGCGUGAUGUACUCCCUCAAGGGCGUCUACGACUUCAGCUGGAUGCAGGACGCUCUGGCCUCUUCAUCCCGCCCGGCCAUCGUCGACGUCGGUGGCAGUCACGGUCUGGCUCUGCGCGAUGCUGUCACCAACAACCGCUUCAUCCCCGCGGAACGCUGCAUUCUCUACGAUCUGCCCCAGGUCAUCGAGAACACCACGAAGAACGUGGAGAAGGACCAAGACGAGGCGCUACAGAAGGUCCAGAAGGUGGGCGGUAGCAUGUUCGAGCCCUACCCGGAGGCCGUCCAGGGCGCGCUCAUCUACCAGUUCCGUCGAGUCCUCAACGACUUUCCGGACGAGGAUGUCGUGCGUACCUUCCAGACGGUUCGGAAGGCGGUGGCGCCCGACUCUCGUAUUCUGAUCAUCGAGGAGAUGCUCAACCCUAAGCGGAUCCCGAUGAAUGUUGGCUUGGAUAUCUGCCUCAUGUGUGCGGCGGGCAAGAGACGUAAUGCGGCCAUGUUCAGCGAAUUGGCUGCACGGGCGGGCUUCCGUCUGAAUGCCGAGUUCCAGAGCGUGAAUGGCCAGUUUGAUGACUUUGGUGUGCUUGAGUUUGUGGUUGCCUAGAUAUGAUAAUGUUUACUGGUCUGUUUGAUGUCAAUUGUUUGCAGGAAUUGAAGCCCUUUGCUGGUUACCUUAUUAGUAGACCGCUGGACUCAGUAGAUAUUGUAGGACGUAGGAAGAGGAGUGAAGGAGGAUAUACAGA